AUGGAGCAAGAGCUCCUAACAUUGCUCGCCGACACUCAGUCGCCUGUCGCCGAUACGAGAAAGGCUGCUGAGCUCCAGCUUCUAGACCUUUAUGCCAACGAGAGUUUUCCUCUUACUCUUGCCGCUAUAGCUUCGCACGAUUCCGUCCCCACCAACCUCCGUCAGUCCGCCCUCUCCGUUCUCCGGACCUUCAUUACCGCUGCCUGGUCCCCGGUUCUUGAUGAAUUCAAAGGCCGUGUCCUUGUCAACGAUGAAAAUAAGGUCCAGAUUCGACGAGUGCUGCUGGAUCUAGCCACCGUUACCGAAACCCCAGAGCGCAAGGUCAAGUCGUCUGCCAGUUACGCUGUCAGCAAAAUCGCCAGCGCCGAUUUCCCCGAGCAGUGGCCGGAACUUUUGCCUUCCUUGCUGCUAAUCAUAAAUGAUGGCAACAGUACCGCCAGUGCUCUUCACGGUGCAUUGAAGGUUCUGUUAGAUCUCGUGGAUACUGGAUUCAGUGAGGAGCAAUUUUUCACUGUCGCUCGGGAUCUCGUCUCCACCCUAUUCAACGUGGCCACCAAUGAGUCGAGAAAGCCGAUGUUGCGAGCUUUGGCUGUUGCGGUCUUUCGGGCUUGCUUCGAUACGUUGGAAAUGGUCCUGGAGCAACAUAAGGCGGCUGUUAAACAAUUUGUGGACGAAGUACUUAGUGGCUGGUCUCCAUUCUUCCUCUCGACUUUGAAGGCUCCUCUGCCACAAGCUCCCAGUGAACAAGAGGAGUCCAAAGACUCCGAGAUACCCUCCCAAUGGAGAGGUGUCAUUGGCUUGAAGUUGCAGGUGGUCAAGACUGUGAUGAAAAUCCGCAUGGUGUUUCCAGGUCUUCUGACACCUCAGAGCCCUGAAUACUUCUCCACUAUAUGGACCGAGCUUUCCAACAUACAGUCUGCUUAUCAUGGAUUCUACAUCGAUGAUGAGAGGCAGGGUCGUCUCGAGGACGUCGACGGACUCCCAUACACGCUAGACUUUUUGGUUCUAGAGGAAUUGGAUCUGAUCCAGACACUCUUCAAGGCACCACCGGUCAAGUCUGAGCUCCAGCAACAGCUACAAAACGCCGGGCAAUCUGCGGCAACGGCUAGUUGGUUGCCCGAAAUCAUGAAGCUGGCGGGCUCGUAUGCUCAAAUCACGUCGGAAGAAGAAGGCCUGUGGGAUAUAGAUGUGAAUCUAUUCCUCUCGGAGGAGACUUCAGUCACUGCAAACUACACUCCCCGUACAUGCAGUGGAGAUCUGGUGGUCAAGAUUGGAGAAUGGCUCAAGAACACCACGGUUGAGGGCCUACAUGCGUACCUGAACGCUGUCUUCUCCGAUUCAUCUUCCACGUGGAAAUCGAAAGAAUCAGCUCUCUACAUUCUCAACCAACUCCUCCGGGACUUCAACGAGGUUUCUCAGCAAAUACCCUCUGGGCUGGCUGCUGGAUUCAGCAACUUUAUCCACUAUUCUAUCCAACAAGAAGACGAGUUUUUGCGAGCGCGGGGCUACCUUGUGGCUGGAAUUCUAUGCCAGGUCGCAGACACGUCUUUCCAGCAAACCGCUGUCUCCUACCUCGAAGCCACUCUCAAAGCUAUCUCCGAAGAUCCUUCCGAAGUAGUCAAGGUCUCCUGCAUUCGCUCUCUACAGGACCUCAUGCCCUCACUUCCUUCAACUGCCACCGUGCCUCUCCAGGUUGCUGUGGUUUCAGCUUUAUCGGAUUUCGUAUCCGCGCAUGACCUUUCUGAACAGUCCGAGAGUGACGAUCUCAAGGUCACCAUUGCGGAGACACUUCGCGAUACGAUCAUGGUCAAGCCAAGUAUUGUUCUGUCGUCACCCGCUAUCGAUGUGCUGUUUAAUGUUGCCAGUAACGGGGCCACCAAUUUCCAGUUGACUAUGAUUGUCACGGAAGCCUUCGAGGACAUUGUAGAGUCUAUCGCAGGGGGUGGUCAAGAGGAUUUUGUUCGUCUCUGCGAGAAGGUUCUUCCUUCCUUGACGGGGGCCAUUGACGUUGGCAAUUUGACCCAGGAAAACGCUCUGACAAAUUUUGCUGCGGACCUUGUACGCGCUCUUGCAGAAGGAGCCUUGGAGCCUUUACCCGCCGGUUUCGUGGAGACUGUCAUGCCUAAGUUGAAUCGCCUGCUGCUCGAUUCGACCGACGCAGAGCUAAUCCGCCCAGCUACGGAAGCAGUCCGUCACAUGCUUUCCCACGAUUUUAGCCAGUUUGUUGCUUGGAGAGACCCGCAGAGCGGAAAGGAAGCAACCGAGGUCACCUUGAUCAUCAUUGACCGCCUACUGGGACCCGCUGUCGAUGAUAAUGCGGCGACAGAAGUCGGGCAAUUAGCCGCAGAGUUGGUGGAAAAGGCAGGUUCCGAACGCCUCGGACCCUAUCUGCCACAGCUUCUUCAAGCUGUUGCCCAGAGACUUGCCACCGCGGAGCAGGCCCAGUUCAUCCAGAGUUUGAUCCUCGUCUUUGCGCGGCUGACGCUGAUCAGCGCCCAUGAAGUUGUUGAAUUCCUUGCACAGGUUGACAUUCACGGCCAGAGUGGGCUGCCCAUCGUACUGAGCAAGUGGCUCGAAAAUUCGGUCAACUUCGCUGGGUAUGAUGAGAUCAAGCAGAACAUCAUUGCGCUGGCAACUCUGUACAGUCUGGGAGAUCCUCGCGUGUCCCAGGUGCAGGUCAAGGGAGAUCUCAUUAUUCAGGACACUGGCCGUAUCAAGACCCGGUCUCAGACCCGCAACAAUCCUGAUCGGUACACGACGGUCACCGCCCCCUUGAAAAUCAUCAAGGUUCUGGUGGAGGAGCUGGCUGCUGCCUCCGGCAGCAAGGAAUUAGACGCGGCCACCGCAGCUGCUCUGGAAGAGGAGGGCAGCGAUGACGAUGAAUGGGAAGAUCUUCCGGGCAACACUCUUGACCUAAAUUUAGGCGUUACGAAGCAAGAGCUCAUGGCAUUCGGCGAGGGUGGAUCGGAAAGUGUAUUCGGGGUGCGCAAGCGAGAUGACGAAACGCAGGCCUUUUUGUCGAACUUCUUCCGUGAUGCCGCCAGCAAGUCCGAUUUCCAGCAGCUUUUUGAAGCCUUGACUCCGGCUGAGCAAGAGAAGCUACAGAGUUUGAACUGA